AGUCCAUUAAUAAGUGGUGGCUGAGUGUGCAUCCUGUCUAUUCUCCGUUUCAGUAUUAUUAUUAGCGUUUCGUGUGUGGUAGAUUGUUUGAGAGAGAAAUAUAAUAUUUAAUUUUGGAGUUCGUUUUCCAGAAGUACAACUAUGGCUCUAAAAGCAGUUUGUGUUCUAGUUGGUGAGACUGUGAAGGGAACUGUUUACUUUUCGCAAGAGAAUACAGAUUGUCCCACUUCAAUAACUGGAGAAAUAAGUGGACUUACUCCUGGUCUGCACGGAUUUCAUGUUCAUGAAUUUGGUGACAAUACAAAUGGAUGCACCAGUGCCGGACCCCACUUCAACCCUUUUGGUAAGGAACACGGUGCCCCAACAGAUGAGAAUAGGCACGUGGGAGAUCUUGGUAAUGUAGAAGCUGGUAAUGAUGGUGUGGCCAAGGUAGAUAUUACAGACAAGCAGAUUUCUCUCACCGGACCCCUCUCUGUCCUUGGUCGUUCAAUGGUUGUUCAUGCUGAUCCAGAUGAUCUGGGAAAAGGUGGUCAUGAACUCAGCAAGACUACAGGAAAUGCUGGAGGAAGACUGGCUUGUGGUGUUAUUGGUAUUGCUAAGUAAAAAAAAUCAAAGUUGUACCAAAAAGUAUUGUUGCCCUAAAAAUGGCCCAUGGUUUUAAUACAAUGAUUGUUGUAUUUAGGUGUAUAUUGUAACACAAGUUCUGAAUUGUUGAAAAAUAAAUCUAAUUUCGUAA